AUGUUUCACCAUCAUCAUCAAUUUCACAAUGUCAACUCUAAUAUUGAUAACUAUUCAACUCCAAUAAGGGGUGAAAGUUUAGACGAAAAUGAGAUGGAGUAUGCUGCUGCUGAUGAUGAUGAUGAAAAUGAAGGAAAUGAUCAAGAUGAUCAAUAUGGUGAAGAUGGGGGAAAUUUUGUUCAUCAUGUUGAUACUAAUCUUGACACCCAACCAUCAUUUCAAGAUCUAGUUUCACAAUUUAGUUCACCACCGAGUUUCACUCAAUUGGUUCAACCAUCUCAACAGCAUUCUAAUGAUGAAGGCCUUAUACCUUCAAAGAAAAGUUGGGAUUUGAUUGAAGAUAUUGCUCUCAUAUGUUCAGUCAUGAACACAAAUACAGAUCCAAUUGUGAGCACCAACCAAAAGAUAAAAGUGAGGUGGCAGAAAGUUACGGAAGCUUAUGAUGCAGCGAGGAUGGAACGACCCCAUCUGAUCCCACGAAGAACCGCCGACAUGCUUAAAUGUCGUUGGGGUAGAGUUGCUCUAGCAUAUUUGAAGUGGUCUGGAAGUUAUGACGAGGCUCUUAGGAGGAAGAAGAGUGGCACGACAGACGAAGAUGUGCUUAAAGAAGCUGAAAGUAGUGGAAAAAGAUCAAGGACGGAAGAAGAUUCUGAAACACCAACAAGUGAACCUCAAGGAGGAUCAUCUACUCGUCCCGAGGGUGUGAAGAAGGCUAAGACUCACAUGACUGGGAAAAAUGUUGCAGAUCAAUCAAUUCAAGCUUUGAGUGCAUUUGGAGAGAGUCUUCGACUUAAUUUAGAAAAUAAUGAAGGAGAAGAUAGAACUUCAAAAACGAAAAGAAGCCCGAAAACAAAAACAACUUCUACUGGAAUUUAUCGAAUGAAUUGGGAGAUCUGUCAAACAUUAAGCAAAAAGGAAACUCUUUAG